GGCGGAGUCGGGAUGGGGGAAGUGGACUGUCUCUCGAAGUGAAACAGUUGUUCAUCCUCCACUAAUAAAAGUUGUGUAAAACAUUUACAAGAGGGAAGAAAGUGAUAUUAGGACACUUUAAACUGAAGGUGGUGGACAAAGGACGACUAAUCUGGGUGUUUGCGUGCUGUCAUGGAGGUGCGUGAGGAGGCUUCACCCGCUUUAGCUUUCGAGAAGGACGCGUUUCAACUCACGGUGGAAGAUGUGUAUGACAUUUCCUACGUGAUCGGCCGAGAUUUGCUGAAAAUUAGCAGCACAGGUGAGGAAGUGUCGGAUUUACAGUUCAGGAUCGUCCGCGUUUUGGAGAUGUUUGAGACCCUGGUGAAUAAGUACAACUUGUCCCUGGAGGAGCUGAAAAUGGAGCGGGACAACUUGAAGAGCGAACUGGACAGGAUCAUCAAGGAGAGCUCCACAGGCCAGGGCACGCAAACAGCGGGGCCAAACCAGUUGGUGGUCGACUUGAAGGACCCCAACAGACCACGCUUCACCAUGCAGGAGCUGAAGGAGGUCCUGCAGGAGAGGAACCAGCUCAAGGCUCAGCUCAUGGUCGCUCAAGAGGAGCUGCAGCUUUAUAAGAGUGGGAUUCUGCCACAGGCUGAGCCAGCCAUGGUAGAAGUGGACCUGGAGCCUCCUCCCUCUGCAGACCACAUUCCUGCCACAACAGACGAGGUAAAAGAGGAGAAAACAGCCAUCAGCAAACUGUUUUCAUUCAGGAGAAAAAGAGAAUAACCUGUGACAAGAACCGCUCAAGUCAUUAUCACAGGAGCCAAUCAGGAUCUCUAUGCACAUUUUUCUCAUUGCUUAACCACUUUUAUAUUGAACUUUCUUUUUCUUUUUUUUUUUUUUACAAAGUCUGAAAUUU